AGUUCAAUAGCCGACUCCGUUUCAGAUUACUAUUGGUGCUGUUUCUGAGUCAAGGAAACAAAAACAUGUCCGUUAACUAGCAACAGCCACCGGCAGUCACCUCAACAAGUCGUCGAUUCGACCGACUGCUAUAUGAUUCCCAUCGUGUUAACGGCCGACAACCCAGAAAGAUGCCGCAGAAAGCACUGGGAUCCAUUGUAGGUCUUCUUUGUACCGGGACCUGUCUGGUGCAGGGGAAGGAGUUCUGUUUUGGGGUAAACAAUGAGCAGUACCGCUGUGAGAUGGGGUACUGCUGUGGAGAGACAGAGUGCUGCACCUACUACUACGAGCUCUGGUGGUUCUGGUUGGUAUGGACCUUGAUCAUAAUGCUUAGCUGCUGCUGUGCCUACCGACACCGGAGGGUUAAGAUGCGUCUUCAGCAGGAGCAACGUCAACGAGAGAUCAGCCUCAUGGCCUACCAGGGAGCCUCCAGCUCCUUCAUUUCCCCUCCACCGCUCAAUCUAAGGUUCUGGAACGACUGUAAGCUUCCUGACUAUGAAGAGGUGGUAGGUCACCCCCCGACACCACCCCCUCCUUACUCUGAAAACCCUCCCGAGACUACUCCUGCACUCCCUCCACAAGUGAACCAGCCAGAUGCAGCCGCGGUCCCACAACCGCUGGCUGAGGCAGACCCGAGGGUGGACAGUCAGGCCUCAGCCUCACCAUCAGACCAGGAAGCUGUGUCGGUGCUGAUCCAAGCUCUGUGUCUGCCAGAGGAGAACGUGCAGGCUCCGUUGAUGGCGGCGGCGGAGGCAGAGGAGGACGAGGAGCUCAUCACGCGGCGUCGCCACGUGACUGGUGACUCUGGGAUCGAGGUGUGCGUUUGCCAGCUGGACGUAGACGACGGCUCAGGGCUUGAGGAGGAAAGCGACGAGGAGCACCGGAUGUGCAAGGUUACGGGUCGGGACUGCUGCUCCGGGCACCAGCAGCAGACCUUCAGACAGAAGGAGCACACCUCUGAGCUGCCCAGCCAGACCGCCAGCACCAGCACUGGGGACCACAUGGUGUGAUCCACAGCCCAACUAACCAGCCAACCAGUGUGGCUUUCUGCUUCACACAGGGUGAUACAAGAUAGCCGUUGCCAUCAUCACCACCACCAGGGACUGCCUGUGUUUUAAUUCUUUGAACUAACACGUAGGCAUGACGUUAAGAUGAUGAUGUUAAUAGCUAAUUCUUAAUGGCUCCUGAUUAAGAAAGACGAAUAACACAUUAUGUGGACAAAACUCCUGGCUUAUUAUUAUUUUUUGGCUUUGUUUUUCCUUAGCGGGGAAACCAGCAAACACAUGUUGAUGCUCCAUUUGGUAUGUUUUUUUUUUUUUUUCUUAGCAUGUGAGAGAGCGUCAUCGGGUAGUGAGAAGGCAGCAAUUGAUUGUGAAUGAAACCAGACUGUUUCCCUUGCUCCUACCCUUUCCUUGAGCACUGCUGUCAUGUUUCUGUUUCUGUCUCAACACCCUCCUUUGGUCAGAACAUUUCCGGCCAUCCUUCAUCUGACAUUUUAGCUCCGGUGGGAUGGUUUGCUUGGAGCAUACCAGCACGGUCAACAGCAUUUCUCUCCGUAUCCCCGCUACGAAUAAGCAGAGGAGUCAAAAACAAACCGCUUGAAAACUUAGGAUGAUCCUGGAUGAAUUGACAAGAGCACACAUUUAGUUUUUUCCCCCCAAAUCUGCAUAUGUGUGUGAGAAUUUGUGUGUGUGCUGUGAAAUAUAGGGCACAGCUGCAUGAUGAUGUCAGCUCUGAGGUCAUGGCAACCAGCGUCUGGUGUCCUCUGGUGUAAAGUCAGUGGGACUUGUCACAUCUAGAGUAGGGGGAGACUAUAUAGAAAUAGCAGAGGAGAGAGAAAGGGAAGAGUUUGUUAUUUUUUUUCUCUGGGUUUUAAAUGUCAUACACCCCCCCCUCUCCUCCUAAAGGCCCUUUUUUUUCCUUUUUGAUAUCCAUAUUGUGGUCUCCACAGCUCUGUGGUCACCAAUUCAACAUGACUGUAGGUAAUGAGCGACCGGCUUUUAAUGAUUUAUUGAUGGUGUGCACAUGAUCUCUCCACUUCGGUUUCUAACUGCAUUACAUUCAUAGUGAUGGCCAAGAGGGCUUUGCCACCAUUUUUCUUUUUAAUCAAUAAAAAGCCUUGUGGUGGCUCUGCAUUAGCAUGUUUUAUUUACCGUGUUAUGUCAGAGUUGUGGCAAGUGGUAAGCAUAUAGUUUUGGAUGUUCAUAACGAAGGAUGUACUUGCUUUUGUUGUUUUUCAUUUCAUAACCAGCUAAUGCUUCAGUAAAUGCCACAGGUGUCACUAUUAAUUGCAACAAAGCUCCUGACGGGGGCUGCUAGGGUGUGUACUAGUGAGUGGAUGUUGUAGUGCAGUAGGGAAGGGUUGAGUCUUGUGUGUGUGUGUGUGUGUGUGUGUGUGUGUAUAUAUAUCUAGUGCUGUUGCUUCUGGUUGAAAAAACUUAUUCAGCACUAAGAUGGAUUAACUAUUAAAAGCACUGGUAUUUUGCAUGAGGCAUGAAUUUCUGUGACUAUUUUUGGGUUAUUAGCAUUUUCUUGUUGUGCUAUUUGCUUUGCUAAUCUGUUGAUGUUGAAUGAUAGUGGGCUACAGUGGCUAAACAACUGGGUACCCAGAUGUUGGGAUAAAGAAAUUGGUUUAGGUUUAGAUGCCCUGGAUGUCAUUUCUUAGUUUGUUAUGACUGUGUGAGUCAUGCUAUGCUGUUAUGCAUUGCUGGUAGCUAGUUAGCUGGCGUUGUCUUGGCUCUCCGUGGUCCCCAUAGUUCUUUGCAGUGUGAGGGAUUUGCAGUGGUAUUUUCCAUUGGCAGCAGAGAGUGGGUGCAUUAGCAACUUGUGGUAGAUACAGGGCCUGCUCUACGGUCUAGUCAGUGUUGGCACAGCUGCAGAAUCUAUUGUGAUUAACUGCAUGCUUCUCUGCGUGCUGUGUCGCUUGCCCUAUAUACUGUACAAUAUGUAUUCGAAGCGUAGCAGUCUGGGUGUUGUCAGAUGGUAAAACCACCGCAAAACAAAGUUGUUAUGUGUUGCAAGACAGUAACUGAUAAGUCAGUAAAUGUUUAAUUGAGUAUUUUGUUUGGAACAAUGUUCAACAACUUUAUAUUCGUCUGCUCUGAUACUGUGUGUCUAAAUGGGCACAGUGUAAAGACUCAGGUCGGUCAUUCCGCUUCGCACGUACGUAAAGUGCUGCUCCUGAUUGGGCUGUAUUAUUAUUAUUAUUAUUAUUAUUAUUAUAAUGAUGUGACACUCAAUGGUGCAAUAUUCGGUUCAAGAUCAAUCCAAGCAAGGUAACGGUGUCCUAAAUACAGUGUUUUGGCUGAAUUGGCAGUUCAAACUUCCGCUUAUCACUGAACAGACUCCAAACAUGUGUCGUAACAUUUUUAGAUACGGCUAUUGAGCUUAAUUAGUACAGUUUUUUUUUUAGCACUGAUUCUGACAAGGACGCAAUUAGGAAAUUCUUAAAGUCUUAAAAAGACAUGACACUGGGUUCUGCACACUUCUGUGUAUAAUUCUAGGACCCACGCAACUCAGUGGUCCGUUAAAUUGUUUCCUUUUUCCUCCCAGCUACUGUAGCAGCAGCCCAGAGCUCUGCAAUGGCUGCGGUUGCCUUGCUUGAAUUCUGUGCUCUACCAUUCAAGCCGAACUACCACAAAGCAGUUUUUUUUUUUUGCCCUGUUCUUUAAAUAGGCCUAAUCUCGCUGUUUUGCAGCAGUAGUGAAAGCUUUGUGGUCCUUGUGUUGCGUAGUUGAGCAGUUGCUAAAACGUGAAGCUAACAUGACAAUGACCUUUUAAGAGAGGCUGUUACACUGCGAGCAUGACGGCACACCCAUUAGCAGAAGUAAUAUAAUUAGUUUUUUUUGACCAACACACCUCAAGCUGCCUUGCUGCAUCUCUAGAGAGCAAAUGUCUUGAUUAUGGAGCUGCACAAUAAAAUAUCGCCUCUAUGCCGGAAAAAUAUGUGCUACUGCCUUACUAGAGUAGAUUUAGUGAAGUGGUUUUGUUCAGAAAAUUCUUUUGAAUUAAAAUAUUUUCAUUGCAUGAUUGCUUCAGAGCAGAGGAGCGCUUGUGUAUCAAUAGACAAUGGCACCUGAGCUUGUUCCACUUGCUUUGUUCGAAGAGGAUGUGGUUUUAAAAACAUUUAAAAGCCACAAGAUUUAAACGGUCACGUGUUCUGUAGAGUCGUACUUGCAUUAGUUUUGUAUCUGAGGAGAGGUUGAGUUGAGUUUAAAAUAAUGUGUGUCUAGUUAGUUGUGGCACUGAUGGAAUUUGUCAAGACCAGCAUUUGAGUUUGUGCUUGGGACCUGGUCGCAAUUAGUUUGUAGUAUGGUCUGACUCAUGAGGAAAAGUAUGAAGAAAAUUAGUUAAAAAAAAAAAGUCUAUUCUCAUUUUUUGUUUUCUAUGGUUUUGUUGUGAUGAAUUCUGUUUGUGUGUUUGGAGGACAAAGCUUAACUCCAACAAGAGACUGCUUUGUAAUCUUGCAUUUUUUGCUUAUUUGUAUACAUAUGUAGAUAAAGUAAUAGGGGAGGGGGCGAGGAAUGAGGGAAUAAUAAGGGGUUCUUUUGUGCAUGAGUGAACAGGAGGUCCAUAGUUUUCCCAUUGCCAAACAACUACUAUGCCUCCCAAGUUUUCACAUGUUUACUGAGAUUAAGGGCUAUAUCAGUCAUCAAUCGUGUGUUGUACUGACAAACAUCCAUCCAUCCAUUUUAUCGAGUGACUCGUCUCCUCUGUGCUGUAUAGUUAAAGCCACAGUUGCCGAGGUCCACUAUCUGAACAUGGUCAGACAUCUGCAAUGUGAACAUGGUCAGUGUUUUGGAUUUGGAUGUCCUUUUUUUUUUUUUUUUUUUUUUUAAUGUUGUGGUGGAGCUCAUAUUUAACAACAGCUGAUUGUAUAUGACUGUGUACGGUUUGUUUUAUAGGCUUUAACUUUGCCUUUUUGUUUUGUCAACCUCAGAGGUGCGUGAUGCGACAUCAUCUCCACCCCCCACCCCCCACCCCCCACUCCACCAGGCUCCGUCUUGCUAACAAACUGUAGCCAGCGUUGUAGCUGUUGUAUUUGUUGUUGUUUUUUUACCCAGCUGCACUGCUCUGCACGUGGACCCUUGGAAACAGGCGGGCAUAUCCACUCACGGAGAAGUGUCGACAGAAUAAUCAUCCAAAGUUGCUGCCAUCUCCAUGCUACACAGAUCAUCACUGUUUUCCCCAGUGUGUGUGUGUGUGUGUGUGUGUGUGUGUGUGUGUGUGUGUGAUACUGUAUGUAUACUGUAUAUGUGUGUGGUUGUCUUGGCGAUGGUCUGUUUGCUUUCCCACUCUCAGGGUUAUCUUUAAUGAGCAGUGCUAGAGUUUUGAAUUAACACAUCUUUGACCCACCAGUCUCAUAAAGCCAAAGCAGUUUUAUGGUAAUUGUCUCCCCCAUUGUUGUCUGAUGUUAAUUCUGCAUCACGCACCUCUGUUAGCGUAUUGUACUUUACUCAACUAGGCUAUGCAAAAACAUAAACCUACUGUUAUAUGCUGCGACCGUUUCUCACGUUCUCUGUGUUUUUUGUCUGUGGGCACCAGUACAAGCAAUAUAACUCGGUACAUGUGGCACUGCACUGUACUGUAAUCUACUUUUGUUGGUGUGUGUGUAUACAUGUAUUUCUUUAAGAAAACUUGGAAAAAAAAAUACUUGUAAUGCUACUAUAAUAAUGUAUGCGUCAGUGUAAACUGAGGGGGCUUGAGUUAAAAAGCCAUUCUAGUUUAUAUACUUUUUUUCUUCAUUUAGUGAUUUUCUGCUUGCUUCCUCAACCACUAACACUUUCUACUUCUGGAUAAACCACAUUAUUAAGUUGUGUAAGCCGAAGAAAGAAGUUGAAUAUAUUGUUUUUGUUGGAUGAAUUCAUGUUUGGUCAUAUUUGGUCCGUUUGACACUUUCCCAUCCCUCGUUUUCGUUGCACUAAUUCAAUGUGUUGGUUUUCUCAGUUUAAGCAGCAACUUUCUUCUUUAUUCAUCUUGAUGAAUUUUCACUUAAUGAAUAUUUAACGGUUGCCUUUUAAUCCUCAGUUAUUACACCAUCAAUUUCAAAUGUUUUAUAUAUUAUACACAUGAAAGACCUCAACAUGGAACACAGUCAGCGUACAUUAGACCAGGACACAUUUGUGUACUUCAGAAUACUUCAUGGACACUCUGAACUUGUGAAAGGAACAGCAUUAUCAGUAUGAUUCCUUCUGUUAAACAACUUUUUUAUUUUUUUUCUCAACCAUAGAUAAUACCAAACAGAUAGAGGUCUCAUGUUUUUUUUUUGCCAAAAUGAGAAACAUCCUAGUUUGAGAAGUAGGAAGGCAACUACAGUGCAAAAACACACCAGACUCUUUCUACAUUUUUUUUCCUAAUAACUUUAAACAAGCCAAAAUGAGUAAAGUGGAAAAAGAGAAAAAAAAUUAAAGCACUGAAUGAUAGAUAAAAUGCUUUGUUUUUAGUAAGAAGUCUGCUGUGUACUCGUUGGGUCAUCAUUUGUAUUUUAUUUUUUUAAUAAAACAAACAUUGGCACUCAA